GCCCCCUUUCAGUGACGUAGAAAGCCUCUCCUCUUUCCUCCUCGUCUCCAGCUAAACAGCUACUGACCCAAGGAGGUGACAGUCGCUGCUGACCGUUGAGACUGCGGUUUGGUCUUGUCCUCCUCGUCGCGUCCCUUUUCUCCGGGGGGGCUGUCGCAGGGACUCGGCCAGCCCCGCUCCAGAAGCCUUUGGUUCCGUCAGUGUUGGUUUGAGGAAGCACAAGUCCUGAGGUUCCCUCAGAAACAAAAGGAACUGUCUUCCUUUGAAUCAGGUCAGUAAAGAUGUCCAAUGACCCUCCCCCUCCCUAUCCUGGGGACCCUUCAGCUCCCCUCUUGGAGGAGAAGACUGGAGGCCCACCUGGUGCAGGCAGAGCCUCUCCAGCUAUGGUACAACCCCCUGGCAUACCCCUACCCCCACCAGACAUUGGGCCUCCUCCCUAUGAGCCACCACUUCAUCCGAUCCCUCAGCCGGGCUUCAUCCCUCCCCACUUGAAUGCAGAUGGUACUUAUGUGUCCCCAGGCUUCUAUCCACCUCCUGGCCCCCACCCUCCCAUGGGCUACUACCCCACAGGUCCUUAUCCAGGCCCUGGCGGCCACACAGCCACUGUCCUUGUCCCCUCGGGGGCUGCGACCACAGUGACUGUGCUGCAGGGAGAAAUCUUCGAGGGUGCACCUGUGCAGACCGUGUGUCCUCACUGCCAGCAGUCUAUCACCACCAAGAUCUCCUAUGAGAUUGGACUGAUGAACUUUGUACUGGGCUUCUUCUGCUGCUUCAUGGGGUGUGACCUGGGCUGCUGCUUGAUCCCAUGCCUGAUUGAUGACUUCAAAGAUGUGACACACAGCUGUCCUAACUGCAAAGCCUACAUCUACACGUACAAGCGCCUCUGCUAACGGAGACCACCCGGGAGCUGGGACCCGGGAUCACCAUCUCUCCUUUUUGCUUGUCAAUCCUAUACCCUGUGCUUCGUUUUCCUGCUUGGCAGUAGCUUCUCCCUUUUUCCUCCUUAGGUUGGAAGCAGGGAACUCCUGUCCUCUCUGGUCUGUCCAUCCCAGGGAUAUUUUUAUCUCUUCUGGUUUAGGGUUUGGCAGAUUGGAAGUUUAUUGUCAAUGGGGUGGGGGGGAAGUGACAAGCAUGUUAUUUUGGAUAUUAAUAUUUUGCUUAGUAUAUAUAAUCAGGAUUUCAUGAGUGAACUAACUGUCCACUAGCAGAGGUACUCUCCCCAUUGAAAGUUUCCAGAUCCUGCCAUUAUAAUAUUAGGUAUUGGUUCUUUCACAUUUGCCUCCUUGGGAAUCAGAGAAAACCUGCAUCCUGGAACAGUAGUUUGUUUCAUGGGGCCUCUGGGAUAGAAGUUCCUCUUCCUACUACCCUAUCCGUAUGCCUUCUACAGUGACAGUUACCUUCUAUUACCAGUCACUUUGCCCUGACACUAUUGCAUGUCUGUUCUGAUACUUUCCAUACUACAGAAUAGCCCAAGGUAGGGUUCAUGACUACAACUAGCAGGACAUGGGAUGUUGACCAUGGUGGUGUUGAGGGGUGGGAGGGUGCCCUUCCUUAAGGAGUAGAGAAACCAGGGGGUCGAGUGGUCAUUAACAGCCACUGAGGAAAAGGUGGAUUCAAAAGGCCAUCUUCCCAUGUUUCUGAUUAUACCGAGAGAGCUCUAAGUUUCUAAAAGAUGGACUAAAGUAGCUGGGAUCAUGCAAAUUCUAGUAGGAGCUAGAUGCAUCAUGAAGGACAGGACUUCUAAUUAAUAGAAAAACUUUUGGAACCACUGGCACUAGAAACUCAGGUAUCACAACUUAGGACACGUAGAAGCUCUGUAGGACCAAGUGCUGAUUAGGACAGAGUUGGUGAGCCAUGAGGAUCAGACCUCAGAGAGCCCUGCUCAAGUAUCCCACCAUUUUGGAACAAGGCUGGGUGCCAAUUUAGAAAAGGUAACAAGCAAAAUUGAUUGCAUCUCCAGUCUUCUAACAGAUGCCGUUGGUUCAUCUCCUCACCUCUCUUUCCAGAAGUCCAACGUUGUACCUGUCAAACCCUGCUGAGCCCCAUCUCUGGGAAGGUGUAGGUGGAGUGGCAGUGGAGGACUCAGUUUGUUCUUUUUGGACGUUUUCCUUAUUGUACCUGAAAUUUGGCAUUUCAACCUUUUUCUGUCUCAGUUCACACCGGCGGUGGAAGGGGGACUGGGAAGAGGCCAGAGAGGAGACUGUUAUAAACUGUCCUCUACCCUCACUUCCCAGACAUGGAAGUUUAUUGACUGGCCACUAGAUGGCACACGCACAACAGGCAUCGUGUGAAGUGUUAUUGGCAGAGAUUUUCUUUUAAACGAUGUUGGAGCCAUGUUGGGCAACACUAUUUUUGCACCAAACCUUUUAAUGUCCAUUGUGUUCAGAGCUUCCGUUGGAGAAAUCAUGUUGUUUAAUUUGGUUUAGUCGGUGAAUGAAGAGAGGUGAUGAUGGGUGAUAAGGCUGAGCUGACAUCUUAUUAAGCCCUGUUACUGAAUGUAAGACUUGGGACCUGUGUCAUAAGCAUUACUGCUACUACUGUACCCUUUAGCUGGUUUCUGCAAUUCAAAUGCAUGUCAGCCUAUUUAAUGUGAACCUGUUUGUUCUCAAGUCUUAGUUUAUCACUUACAUUAAAUUGGUCCAUUUGCCCACCUUUCCCUGUC